AUGGCUCUGGACGAGAAGUGGCCCCUGCUCGACAAGCUCGAGAAACAAGCCGUGGUCGAGGUGAAGCUGUUGCGCUCUUCGGAGGCUUGGGGUACCGCAAAGGACGCUUGGAACGCGAUCAAGACCAACCCCGAAGGGAAGUACUUCCAGAUGAUCGACUACAAAUGGCUUGGGCCGGCACGAGAGAGGGCCGUUCUCGCCUACACGUUCUACCAAUGCGCCCAAGCCGAGCGGUGCUUGACGGUUGACCACGGAGCGUCGGCCUUGCAGUACACUCUCCCCGGCGAAAGCCAGCCAGGGGAUGGCGGUCCCCCCAAGUCUCGAUGUUGUAGGGUACGGGAUUUCGGCGGCAUGGUCGUGAAGCUGCGCCAAGAGGCUGUCGGGGAGCGUGCGGAAGAGAUGAUCGAGCUGACAGGGCUGGCCACCGCCCCGGAGAAGCAAGGGAGGGGAUAUGCCAGUGCGCUCAUGCAUGCUCUGCACGAGAUUGCCGAUGAGAACGGCCUGGCGAUCUGGCUGGCGACGACGGACGCAAUGGGGUUCUAUGCUCUGUUUGGCUACAAACUCGCCGCGGAGGGCUGGAUCGGGCAGGAAAACCCGGAAUGGGACGGAGGCCCGAUUCCCGUGCGGAUCAUGAUCCGCGAGCCGCCCAAGGCAUAA